AUGUCAUCGACAAAAGGCGUCGCAAUCGUUACCGGAGCUGCCCAAGGUAUUGGGAAAGCAGUCGCUCUUCGAUUAGCAGACGACGGGUUCGAUGUCGUCGUGAACGACCUCCCACUACCAGAGAAGAUUGUAAAGCUGAAGGGCGUGGAGGAAGAGAUCAUCAGGAAGGGACGCCGAUCAGCCGUCUUUCCGGGCGACGUAUCGAGUGAAAUCGACGUCAAAAGCAUGGUAGAAGUCGCUGUGAAUACUCUAGGCGGAUUGGAUGUCAUGGUGGCCAAUGCAGCGAUAUGUCGUAACGCGAACAUACUUGAUUAUACUGUAGACCAGUGGGAUCGAAGCUUUGCUGUUAAUACACGGGGAUGCUUUCUCUGUUAUCAGUACGCCGCAAAGCAGAUGGUCAAACAAGGGCGCGGAGGACGGAUCAUUGGGUGCUCCUCUUCGGCUGGAAAGCAAGGUUUACCGAUGAUGUCGCUGUAUGGUGCGACGAAGUCGGCUGUUCGGGGACUUACCCAGGGAGCCGCCCUCGAUCUGGGAAAGUUUGGGAUCACUGUCAAUGCGUACGCGCCAGGCGCGGUCGAUACUGAAAUGUGCAGAGAUGCAGCACUCCAACAAGGAGAUGUGAACGAGUUGAUUAAGACGAACGUGGGCCGAUCAGCAUUGGACUACAUAGGGCAACCUGAGGAUAUAGCUGGACUUGUGUCUUACCUCGCUUCCAGUGAGUCACGCUAU